AUUGGUGAACGGAGACGAACAUGACGCGGGAGAUUACGCGACGCGCAUGGGAGAGUUGUUCGACGAUGAAGACGAGGAGGGUGGGAUCAACGGAGGUGUACAGGAAGAGGAAGAGGGCAACGGGAGCGAUGAUGAAGAGGGGUUUGUCUACGAAGGUGUCGAUGCUGAGCCUGCGUCUAUGAGCUAUGGGGACAGGCUGCGGGAUGUGCUUGGGCUGGACCACGAGUCUGACGAGGAAGAGGAAGUAAAAGUGGAGACGGAAGGUGAGGAGGGAAAAGAAAAGGAUAAGGAUGAAGAUUUGGUGGAGGAACGGUUUGUGGAGAGGAGUCUCUUGCAUGGGCCAGGGCAACUUGAGGACUCUGAGCAGACUCAAACACGCAUCCUCGAGACACCUGCGUCGUAUUCACCUUCGCCUUCGCCUUCACCGUCCCCUUGGCGUCCAGCAGAGUCUGUCGAUGCGGACGCAGAAACAACAGCAGACGCGGAGCCCUUCCUCCUACCUCCUCGGCCCGCCCUCCCGGCGACCGUCUCCCGUCUGCGCUCCUUCACGCCUCAAAUCUCGCGGACCGUGUCAUCGUCCCAUGUCCUCAACUCCAACACCGCCAGUGCAGCCGGCACACCGGGCCCCCUGAGCGAAGCCCGCCUCUCGCCCUUUCCUUCGCAUCUCUCCGACACCUCACGCGCGUCGUCCGCAUCCAACAUCCGUAACCUCCCUACCACCAACGCGAGCGGUACCGCGACUAGCUCUGAGCGUGAAGUCUUCCGAUGGACACCGCUACAAAGUGCGAGCACUUAUGUAUACCGCACCGCCGCGUCCGCCAAAGCGUCUGCGAUCCUCGGCACGCCGAACGCGGGUAUGCCGACUGUGUUGGCUGCAAAUGGACUCGUGUGUGUAGGCACAGACGCCGGGAGGGUCUUUGUCUUUGAUUUCAAGCAGACGUUGAAGUGUAUAUGUGGGGAUGAUCAGGCUGCUCAUACAGCUGGACCUGUUUCUGCGAUUGCACUCUCGCACGACCAUGCCUUCCUCGCUACGGGACAUGCAACGGGACACGUCCAACUUUUUGACCUAACGAUCUCGCCUUCUUUUGCUUCCACCUCCUCCACGCCCGUUUCCUCUGCAACCGUACCCCUCGCGGCAACGCGCUCCGUAGCACCGCCCGCGCCGGAUGCGAUCGCUGCCGGCCGCAAGGAAGGACACCUUCGCGGCAGUCGUAUCGUGAGCGUCGCAUUCGUCGCAGGAAGACAUCACGCGCUCGUCACAGCCGACGAGCGUGGACUCGCGUUCUUCCAUAGUCUAGGGAGGGUCUUGUUCGUUGACGCGUUCGACACACUCCGGAUACUAGGCCGUUAUCCCGACGAGGAGCCCUCAAGUUCCGGGGCCCUCGCCUCUCUCGGCGGCGCCGGCAGCAUGAGCAUCAGCGUUCCCAUUGGCCACGGACCUGGUCCCGCUCCUGGCCACGGGCCCGGACACGGCCACACGCGGGGUAACCUGGUCGACCCAGCCGCUCUCGGGCGGGGACACGCUGGCGGCGCGGACGCGCUCACUUUCCGCCGCGCACGGCGCGCCAAGUCGCGUAAUACGAUCGUGGAUAUGAGCACGCUUCCCCUGGGACCAAAUCCGCAUGCGCUAGAUGGGUACAAUGUCACCGCGCUGCUGACACCUACGAAGCUCGUCGUCGUCGGCCUCAAGCCGACGCCGAAGACGUGGCUCAAGGCGUCGCGCCCCACUGAGGGCCCGGGUGCCGCCCCAAGGUCGCAGAGGCCUGGAGAGAAGGCGAGGGGCGUGUUGGCAUGGUAUCCGAGCGUGGUAGACGCGAGUGCGCCGGUGGAGGAGCAGAAGAAGAGUAAGGGGAAGAAAAAGGUGAAGGAUGGGGAGGGCGAGAAACAAGGGACGGACCCGGUGUUGUUCUAUGCGUGGGGGCCGGCAUGUUUCUUGAUGCGUAUAUCGGAAACGAAGAUUAAGCAGGAGGUGGUGAACAACAGAACGGGCAAGACGAACGAGAUCGAUGUGGGCACGCUUCUGUUUCAGGAUGUGACAAAGUGGGUAUUGGACGAGGAGGUCCUCGCGGCGCAGUGGAUGAAUCCCAACCAAAUCGUGCUGUUCACGGCAAGCAAUGUGUUGGUCUACGACGCGUAUGCGGCUCGCCUGGUAGAGCAGGUUGCAUUCCAGGCAUCCUCGCUCACCUCACCGUCGCUUACUUUGGGUCACACGAGCAACGGCGCACUAUCUUAUUGGGACUCGGCUCUAGACAUUUCCCACAGCGUACGCACUUACAAGGGCAAGAUCUUCCUCCUCGGCCGCGACUCCCUCUCUGUUGGGACUCUGCUCACCUGGGCCGACCGUAUUCUCGCCUUCGUCGAGACCGGCGACUUCCUCAGUGCAAUUGACCUCACCCGCUUAUACUACACUGGCGCUGCCCCAGGGAACCGCAAUGGCCUCCCCGCAGACCCUGCCGCAGCACAGUCCGCGAUCGCCCAGAAGCUCGGCGAGCUCAUGGUAGCGAGCGCCCGGUACGCAUUUGCGGAGGAGCGCAUGACGGACGGCACGCAUGGUGCCCCCGGUGGACCCGGCGUCGAUCGAACGUCCCUCUUUGAAGGGCUCAUCGAUGCGUGUGUGAAGGCGUCGCUCGCGCUCGAGAGCUUCGAUUUCUUGUUCGAGGACCUCUUCGCGUACUACGACGAGGCGGGCAUCUCGGGCAUCUUCCUCGCGCGGCUCGAGCCGUUCGUGCUCGACGGUGCGCUUAGUGCUGUCCCACCACGCAUCGCACAGAGGCUCGUGGCGGCGCACGAAGAGAAGGGACAACCGGGCGCGGCAGAGCGGUUGAUUUGGCACAUUGAUCCGACCUGUCUCGAUAUCGACCAGGCGAUCACGCUCUGCAGGAGACACGGGCUCUGGGAUGCACUCAUGUACGUCUACACGCGCGGGCUGAGGGAUUAUGUCUCGCCGCUCGUUGAGCUCCUCGGCCUCGUCCGAUCUGUCCUUGGCCUGCGCCAGCGCCAGCGAGGGGCGAUCGAGAGAGGUAACACGCUCACCAUGUCGAAGAAGCAAGGAGAGGAGAUGGCGAAGACCCUCGGAAACGCAUACAAGGUCUUUCCCUAUCUUGCCGCCCUCCUCUGCGGUCUUGCUUAUCCUAGCGAAGAGCCGCUAUCGCCGCCGGAAGACGCUGGGGAGGCUCGCAAAGAGGUUUACAAGUUCCUCUUUAGCGGUACGACUUCCGCUUGGCCAGAAAACGGCGGUCGGCUCGUUCUCACUGCGCCCGAUGACGGCACGCCGGAGCCGACGUACCCGUACGUCCGCGCGCUUCUCAAGAUGGACUCGGAGGCAUUCCUACAUGCCCUCGAUCUUGCGUUCGAAGACUCGUACCUAAACGACACGGGUGGCGGUAUCAGCCGGCUGCAGAUCGUGCUCAUCCUCCUUGACGUCCUUGCCGCUGCUGAUGGUUCACCCGGCAAGCUUGACCCGGCGGAUGCGACAUUUGUCAACAUUUUCAUCGCGCGCAACGUGCCCAAAUACCCGCAGUUUAUCCAGCUCACGCCAUCAGUGCUGCAAAACACUCUCAUCGCGCUUGCAUCGGCAAACGACGCUGAGGACACGCGCGAGGAUCGCCAGCUCGCGGCAGAGUACCUCUUGUCGGCUUACACGCCGUCGGAAAGCGAGGAGCUGCUUAGGUUGUUUUGGGGCGCGGGCUUCUUCCGCAUCGUCGCGCAUUGGCGGAGACAGGAGAAGCAAUGGGCUCGCUUGCUCGAGACGUGCCUUGCCGAUCCAGCAUUACGCCCGCAGGAGACCUUCGAGGGUGCGGAGGAGGCGCUCGUGAGCGCGUCCCGCGAGCAGCGGGGCGCUUUGCUCCCGGACGAUGUCACGAGUGUCCUCAAAGAUUCGUUGUCACGGCUUCUAGAAAUUGACGUCGAGCGGACGGCAAUUUUGGUUAACAAACACUCGCCGGAGAUGCAUGAGGCGGCCCUCGCGGUGCUGUCGGAUACCAGGGCGGAUCAGAAGUACACGUAUUUGCAUAGACUGCUGCAGCCCUACCUCGGGGAGGACGGUGCCUCGACAUCAUCGCCAAAUUCCCAGGCCUCAGAGGGCAUCCGCCACCCGAUCUCCGAGCCCCUUCGCGAAGUCUUCCUUUCUCUUACUUGCCAUGUCCGUCCGGGUUCCGUCAUCGACACCUUGCAGAACAGCGCGCCACCGUUGCUUGACUUCCCUGCAGCGCUGCGGAUUUGCGAGGAGAAUAGCGUGUACGAUGCUGUUGUUUGGCUCGAGAAUCGCAUGGGCCGGCCGCGCGAGGCCAUCGCCAAGGUCGUCUCCUUCGAGCAGGACGUCAUUGCUCAGAUGGCGGAGGAGCUUCAAGCGCUUUCAUUGUUCGCCUCCUCAGACGAGGAUGGAAAGCAAGAAACGUGCACUGGGCUGACCAUGAAGCUGCGAGAGAUCGGCAAACGCGGUAUCGAGGUCUGCCUCGAGCACUCCCGCUCGCAGGCGCCCAGCGACGUUCCGCUCGAGGACAUCUGGUUCCAGCUGCUCAGUAGCCAAAUAUACUGCGUACAGAGCAUAUCUGCUCUCUCACAGGAUCUUGCUGUCCCUUCAGAAUCCUCGGAGGAAACCCACGACGUAAAUUCUUCACCUCCACCUUCGCCUCCAACGGCCGAAGUCCUCCAAACCCUUCGCUCCUUCGUGCGCGACACCUUUUCCGCGCUUGUCUCCAUUUCUUCCACCCGUGCCGUCUCCUUCCCCAAACUCUUCAAGCGCCUUGCCGAGCAGACCUACCCCUCGCCAAGCACGUCCUAUUCCGAGUUCCGUGCCAUCCUCACCGGAAUGCUCGAAUCGUACCGUUCCGACGGCGACAUGCUCGCCAUCUCGCGCCGGCUCGUCGACCGAGACGUGUUUGACACGAUGGAGGAAAUUGCCAAGGAGCGCAAAAAGGGCUGGCGCGCGGCGCAGCACGUGUGUGCGACGUGCAAGUCGCCUCUUCGGAGUCAGGCGCAAGGAAACGCUGGUGCAGCUGCGUCGAGCAUGCAGCAGGUCAAGUUUGUAGUCUCGAGGGCAGGCACGAUACGGCAUGCUACUUGUCCACAACAUACCUGAAUCUCGUUGUUCUCCUACCUUAGAUAUCAAUUACUGUACGGUCAUCAUUUAUAUUCGGAAAUGCGUCUGUUCCCAAGUCAAUCGAGUUGGAAUUUCUGUUCCCC